UCGCGGUCCCGCCUUGUGGACGCAGCGCUGAGGCACCAAGAUGCGCACCAGGCGUUCACAGUUUGGGAGGAGCUUGCCAUAUUCCGGCUUGUUUCUUACCACUGUCGGAUGCAGACGCGCUUUGGAGAGGCGAUAUAAAGCGAAAGAAGCAAGGCGGGCCUGAUUCCCUCUCAGGUGUUUGCAUAACCUAAAGAAGGAAUGAGCCCCCCAGGUACAUCCAACAGCACAGGAGAAUGGGAGCCUGAUGAAACGGACAUGUGGAUUAUUUCCAACGGAAGCAUGGAUUUAAACCAUCAUGGUUUCCACACGGACAUAACCAAACACAUCUGGGUGCAGAUCACCCUCAUCACAGCUUAUUCCCUCAUCAUCCUGCUGGGGCUUCUCGGGAACGCGCUGGUCAUCUACAUAAUCAUCCGCUACAGGAAUAUGCGAACAGUCACCAACUUCUUCAUUGCCAACUUGGCCCUUGCAGACUUGCUGGUGGACACUCUGUGCCUUCCCUUCACGCUGGUAUACACCCUGCUGGAUGAGUGGAAGUUCGGUGCCGUGCUGUGCCACAUGGUGCCCUUCGCUCAGGCCUUGAGCGUGCACGUGUCCAUCCUGACCCUGACCAUCAUCGCCUUGGAGCGUUACCGCUGCAUCGUCUUCUACCUGGGCCAACGCCUCACGUGGCACUCCAGCUUCCUCAUCAUGGCUUUCACUUGGACUAUCUCGGCGGUCCUGGCGGCACCCUUGGCCAUCUUCAGAGAGUACCGCUACGAAGAGAUCCCCUCCAUUAAUCUGCACUUUCCCGUAUGCUCCGAGAAGUGGCCUCACGGGACCAGCAGGGACGGCGUCAUCUAUAGCCUCUCCAUGCUGCUCCUACAGUACAUUAUCCCUCUAGCAAUCAUCAGCUAUGCUUAUAUUUGCAUCUGGGUCAAGCUGAAGAAUCACAUCAGCCCGUGUACUCGCAAUGAUGCCAUCGCGCGCCGCCAAAAGACUACCAAGAUGUUAGCUCUGGUGGUGGUGGUGUUUGCCAUCUGCUGGCUGCCCUACCAUGUCUUUCAGCUGGCCAGCGAUCUGGACCUGGUUCUCAUGUUCAAGGAGUAUAAACUGAUAUACACCGUGUUCCAUAUUGUGGCUAUGUGUUCCACCUUUGCUAACCCGCUCCUCUACGGCUGGAUGAAUAAAAACUACCGGAAUGGAUUCUUAAUGGUCUUCCGCUGUGAGGAUAAGCCGGAUUCUUUCCACCCCGAGGGCUCCUUCAGGACUCGCUCUACGAGGCGGCUGACGCUCAACGGCCGUAACGGCGGACACCCGCCGACUGCUGUGUGAGAUGCCGGAAGACAUUUCCACAUGUUGCAAUUUUGCGGCACUCGCGGUACAAAGUAGGCAUGGGCAUUUCACCGACUUUACUUGAUAUUUUUUCAAUAGGACUGGAGGAUCAAUCUCUCUCUGUGAAUGUUCUGAACUCCUCUUUCCAUGUCAUCAUUGUAUCAAGCCGCCUGCAGGGGCAUAUUUGGGGUUCUGAGAGCCCGCCACAUCAGUGCACUGCAAAUAAAUGUGAAUAUUAAAGUUGAUCAUAACUAAAGUAU